ACCAAUGAUUUUUCGAUCACGUGACCACAACAGGUUAUAUUUAAUGGCGGCCGCCGUUGCUGGCUGCUCUGUGGGGCUCCCCAGCAGGAAAGGAGUGAAUUGUUUCCUUCGAAGAGUUUCAUCUCUCGGAAGGUGGAGUCGCUCCAAAGAUCUCCUGUGUGAGCAACAUCGUAGCUUUUUCUGGCGGAAAUGGAAAAGUUCUCACAACGUGGUUCGGCCUGCUACUGUUCGGCCAGCCUACGCAGUACCUAAGCACAUCGUGCAGCCUGACUACGUCAGCACUGGGCUGGUCCCAGAAUGGCCAGACUACAUCGAGAUCAAGAACCAAGAGCAGAUCGAAGGCCUUGCUAGAGCAUGUCAACUUGCCAGACAUGUACUUCUACUUGCUGGAGGCAGUCUGAAAGUUGGCAUGACAACAGAUGAAAUAGACUUCAUUGUGCACCAGGAGACAAUCAGGCACAAUGCUUACCCCUCCCCUCUUGGAUAUGGAGGUUUUCCUAAGUCGGUCUGUACGUCUGUGAACAACGUGGUGUGUCAUGGCAUACCUGACAGCCGCAAACUUGAAGACGGUGACAUUAUCAACGUCGACGUCACAGUGUAUUUGGAUGGCUACCAUGGUGACACCUCAGAAACCUUCUUGAUUGGUCAGGUGGAUGAGGUCGGCCAGCGGCUGGUGGAGACGGCGAGGCGUUGCAGAGACGAGGCCAUCGCCGUAUGCAAACCAGGAGCGGAGCUUUGUGUUAUAGGAAAUACUAUCAGUGAAAUAGCCCAGUCCGAUGGCUUUCAAGUUUGUCCGUAUUUCAUUGGACAUGGAAUAGGCUCGUAUUUUCAUUGCCAUCCUGAGAUUUGGCACCACGCUAAUGAUAACGACAUAACCAUGGACGAAGGGAUGUCUUUCACAAUAGAGCCUAUAGUGAUGGAGGGGUCUCCAGAGUUCAGAAUCCUUAAGGACAAAUGGACCGCGGUGUCGGUCGACGAUAAAAGGUCAGCUCAGUUUGAACACACGGUGCUCAUCACAGCCGACGGAGUGAAGAUUCUCACCAAACUACCAGAAGAAAACAAUCUGUGACAGAAAUGGACUGCUACCUCGAAUGGUACAUCAGUUGUGGGUCUAAGCUACUUUUUGUGAUUUUAAAAAAGAAAAACAGUUAUGCUACCAGAUCUUAACGUAGAAUGGCAAAGACCAAGGUUUUCAAUCUUGUUCCGUGUGUUGUACGGGAGCUCGAGUCUUACUGCUGAAGCUGACCUAAUUAUGUGGUUGAGGCAUUUCAUUGUCUUACAAAUUACGUUUUUCUUAAGCUAAAUGCCAGUUUCCCCUCACAUAAACCUUUUGUGUAAACCUUUUAAUGUAACUUUCUAAGUUACAUUAAGAAAAUAAAAUAAUGUUCUUUUCUUUUUUUUAGUUUUACUCCCUUUGUGUGUUUAAGCUUGAAAUUUAUUUUUCUUGAAAUACUUAGCUCUGAACUCUUCCUAUCCAAAUUCAGAAGAUAAAUGCAGCCAGGAGGUGGCAGCACAAACUCGGACUUUGCCGAUAAUGUUUCACGCCCUUUCAGUCUGUUAAAUAGAAGCAGCUCUACACCCCAUUUGACCCUUUUGUAUUUGUUCCUCAUUGCAGGGGUGGAAAAACCCGUGUGUAAAUCUGAGUUUAAGCAAGCCUGCCUCUUGACACUGAAGUCUCCAUGUUGACGUUAAUCUAAAGCAGCUGUCAUCAGUUAUGCACCAUCCCCAAGUUGCAGAGCCUGAAACUAAUUGCUCAGAGGCUUGAUAAGCACUGUGCAAUGUAAUAUCUUGACUUUAUAUUUUUAGGUCAAAUUAAAAAAGGAAGGCGUUAAGUAUUUGCUCGGUGGAAGUAAAAGCAAUCUAUUGACUUUUCUUUACUGUGACCUGUCUCUGCAUCCGGUCUUCAGAUUGAUGCAAUGUUGAGCAAAACGCGAGAACAAGUUCAGACGAGGCUCUUAAAGUAUCUUGAGCGCAACUAAGAGGUUGGCUACCGCUUUAGCCGCUACACCGCUAUGAAUGUUUGCGUAAAUGCUGAUAAAUCUCAAGAGGCUCGGUAAUAUGCGAUCCCAGCCCGUUGUAAGGGUGUGUUUUCAUUUCCUGCUGGUGUGUGUGUGUGUGUGUGUGUGUGUGUGUGUGUGUGAGUGAGGCAGAGUGGGUAUGUGUGGUCAUGCCAACAGUUUGUGGGCGAAGCAGGAAGGAUUAAUCAAAUAAAGGUGGGUCGUGUUCAGCCAGGAUAUGAUUCAAGUUUUAACAUAUUAAAUGAUUAAUAUCAGGUGACACAACUCACUUAUAUUUUUGUGACACUUUCAUUUAACGUACAGAAAAAACCCCUCCAAAUUCCCAGGCUCCACAUUUGAUCACAGUUUUAGUUAUUUGUUAAAGAUCUUUGAUUUUCAGGGCGGGACGUGCAAACCUGAAGGAGCUUGCACUCCUUAUGAAUCAGAUUGUGAUGACGCAUACAUUUUUUUUAUAAUCGGCAUCCUGCAAAUGAUUGACGAAGAGCCUAACGUUCAGCUUGAGCAUGGGAUUUUUAUGAUGAUGAUAGAUUCAGCAAAAGUGGAGAAGUGAAGGCAGAGAUAUGCAACAUAGAAUAAGUAGAUAAAGCGAGGGGGUGGGGGGUACUUGAGGGAAUUUUUGCUGCUGUCUUUCAUUAUUUUCCUGCAUGUUGGGACUCAAUCCCAAACCCUUUCUUUGCAGUUUUAUUGUAAAAAUCCUCAGCCAGUGGAGAAGUGGAAAUCUUAAUACUGGGGAGCGUAAGAUUUUAAUUUAUUUUUUUUACCCAGCUUUUAUAAAUUUGUUACCUAAAGAUGUUCCUCAAGCCUGUUUCACUUUCCAGGUGCGCAUACCUAAAUCCCUGUCUUUCUGUGAGUGAAGCUGUUAUAUUUCACACCUUUCUGGGACUUUUCACCGUGAAGCACCACAGACAUUUGUGGUUUCCCUGGUGAUCUGCAGCGUUGUGACAUUAACAGAGUGACGCAUCAUUCCCAAACCUGUGCAGGCAGAUAUGCCUUAUGCACGACAGACAAAUGUUAUCUGCUUAUUCAUACUCUGUAAUGAUUUGCUUCGUCAGUGAAUCCAAGGGCUACACUAACACCUGAGCUUUGCUGAACCAGGACAUCUGGCCUCAGGCUGAACCAGACUGGGUGACGCCCAAUUCCUGAGGGUUUCUACAAACUGGAGGAUAAGAAAGUGGAAAUAAAGACAACAAAACAUUCAAACACA